AUGGAGUCUGUCGAGGCUCUCUGGAGCAACCUCACCUCGAGGCUGGACGAGAGACAGCAGUCUAUCGCUGUCGCCAUCAUUGCCACUUUUCUCGUUCUUAUUCUCACAACAAAAGCCAUCACAGGGAGCCCUACAACAGUGGAUGCAAGCGGCAAACACAAGAUUCCAGCAUCACCGAGCUACUGGCUCCCGUUCCUCGGACAUGCAUUCUCCAUGGCACAAGGUGGCUUUCUGGCCAGCAUGCGGAAUCGAUUCCCAGACGGCAUCUUUUCUUUGAAAAUGGGUGGCAAGAUGCACCACUUCAUCUACAAGCCUUCGCUGGUUGCGGCUCUCUUCAACCUGCAACGCCCAGCUGCUGAAGAGCAAAUGCUGGCAAAUCGCCUUUUGGGAUCUACUUUUGGCGUGAGCAAGAAGGAUGCAGCUAUUUACAACAAGAUCUUCCCCGAAGCCCUGGCUUUAUACAAAUAUCUAACCUCUGAGCCUGGGCUUAGCGAGAUUACCAGCGUGGCUGUAUCACAGGUGAAGCAAAACAUCAAUAGCCUUGUCACAUUCAGCCCGAACCCUAUGGAUCAAACCGAAUGGGAGAAGUUGGCGGAUGUCGAUGUUAUUGAGGAGGGCGGCAAAGAGGGUCCCAUCACUCAAGUCGACUUGAUGGAACUGACGAGGAAUUUUGUCGCAACGACGGUGAUUCCGGCCAUCUACGGCACUGAUUUUGUCGAAAACUUCCCCGAUGUGUGGAAAUGGAUGUGGAUAUACAACGAAUCUUUUGUUCUUUUGGCCACUGGCGUUCCUUCUUGGAUCCCAUGGCCUCGUCUUCAGCGCGGAAAGUUGGCAAGGAGACGCCUUCUGGCAUACCUGUAUGAGUUCAACGAAGCCAUGGACAAGCAUAUGGACGGCGAAGAGGUUGACCCCAAGUGGCAAAAUCUGGACAAUGUCAGUCAGCUUGUCAAAGGCAGGAUUGCGCUGUUUAAACAGCACGGUGUGUCGCUCGACGGCCGGGCGUCCUUUGACCUGGCGCUGUUGUGGGCUUCUGUUGGGAAUUCCAACCCUCUCAUUACGUGGAUGCUUUUUGAGCUUUAUAGGGAUCCUGUGCUCUUGGAACAGGUUCGUGAAGAGAUUGCGCCGUACGUCAAAGCCGUGCAGCCAAAGAACGAGUUUGGAUCUGCAGUCUGGGUGCCGCCGGUGCUGGAAGAGAUGGAUAUCGACGGACUAAUAACCAAAUGCCCGCUCCUGAAAGCCUCGUACAUCGAAACCAUGAGAGUAUACUCUUGUGGAUGGGCAAUGAAACUGAUGUACAGUGAUACCGUGCUGGAAGGGAAAGGGAAAGGUGGAGGAUCCUUCUUGUUGAAGAAGGGAACCUACGCACAUAUCCCUCAAGAGCUGCAUCAGUUUGAUCCGCAAUUUUUUUCAAACCCAACUGAGUGGCAGGCCGAGAGACAUGUUCGAGAGAUUGUAGAUGAAAGCGGCAACAAGGUUUUGACCGCAGAGCUGGGGACAAUGAGGCCAUACGGUGGCGGCCUGAAGAUGUGCAAGGGAAGGCAAUUUGCGCUGCGAGAGAUGCUACUAUACACAGCUGCCAUCAUCACGUUUUAUGAUAUGCAGCCACCUAAGGGGGGGUCAUGGAGCUUGCCUCAGACGAGGAAACUUGUUGCGAACAAGCAUCCGAAGAAGCCGCUUAAGGUAUGGAUCAAGCGGAGAGAGCUGCCAGCUGAGGGUGGGGAAAGGCGAAGAUAA